AUGGCUUCCAACUCAAUGCGCAGUACUUCCCCGAGCUCUGACUCAUCAUGGACAGCUAAACAAGACAAGAAAUUCGAAGUGGCGUUGGCUACAUACGACAAGGACACUUCUGACCGUUGGCAAAACAUUGCAAGAGCAGUUGGUGGAAAAUCGGCGUGA